AUGACACAAAAAUCGCCUUCGAAACUUCAUUUACUUCAUUCAAUUGAAAAUAAUCGAAAAACAAAUCAAAAAGCAAAAACUUCAACAAUAAAUACAACACAAAAUAUCGGUAUUAAUACGGAUCAAAUACAAUUUAAUCGUGAUAUCGGUACAAAUACACCUAAUUAUGCUGAACAAAUGGCUAAAGCAUUAGAAAAAAAUAAUAAUGCUGCUGGAGAAAUUGUUCAAAUGCUUAUGCAAAAUGAAGCUUCGGAAGCAUAUUGGAAAUUAAUGACUGAACGACGAAAACAAGCUUAUGAAGAAACAACUAAUGAGAAUCAACAAUUGCACAAUUUUGUUGAAGAUUUGAGUAAAGAAAAUGAACAACUUCGUAAAGUAUCCAGUCAUUGUGAUUAUUUACAAAAUGUUCUUAAUUCAUUUACUCAUGAACAUGAUAGUCUUCUUGAUGAUAGUCAACCCAAUUGA